AUGUCCACCACCGACGACGACUUUGCGGGUAAAGAAACCAAGAAAUAUCAUGAAGAUGACAGCAAUGACAAUGUAUUCAAAAUUCUGCCAACGGCCAUCCUACAGAUUUUGCCUGGGAUAGCAGUAGCAGCCAAGUCCACAGACAGUAUUGUAAGCGCAGUCACUCAGUGGAUCAAACUCGAAACCCUUGCACGUACACUUGAAGUUUGGCUCGAUGCGCUAUGUGAGCAGCUUCCCAACUUACAGGAAGAGACUCGACUAUUGGGCCGUCUCAGUAUUGGCAUUGCUUUCUUGCUUGAGAGUGGUCGAGCAGGGCACGUGGUGACGCCAUCUGAUCUGUCUCUGGUAUGGAGCUUGGUACAAGACGCCCUCACCAGUGCAUCGGUAAGCCUUCCUCUCUUCGCUGCGUCUCGUAGUGCGCAAGGGUUUCUCGCAGUUCCCCUUUGCAGUCUGAUCAAAGAUGGAGAUAUUGAAGUCCUGUUCAGAUUUCAUGUCUGGCUUCCAAAUCAGUAUCGAGGAAACCCUGACGUGGACCUUCAUUCGCACCAGUGUUCCUCCCAGAGCUGGAUUCUGGCUGGGGAAGGGACGGAUCUUUCCUACACCGUUGAGGCGACUGAGGAUUUUGAAGGCGCAACUCAUUCCAAGUACGCACUUUCCUGGACCGCCGAGGAUGGAGCCGACGACGAUGGAAAUGUUGGAGAUAACAAAUACAAAACUCGCCAGCAAAAAUCAACCGUGGUCAAUACUGGCAAAUUAGUAAAAGCUGCACUAAGACGUUCGGAAGUUCACACUCGAAACACUAGUUACACCAUCGACGCCGCAGCAUACCAUCGAUCUGAAGUUUCAAUUGAUAUUUUGCAUGCCACCCUGUUCGUUUUCGAUGGCAAACGCGGUUUCGUGAAAGAUGCGGACGUCAUGGGCCCAAAGGAUGGCACGUCUUUUGCUCAGAAACGAGACCCUGCAGGUGUAACGGCUGCUCAACUCGUGGGCAAGGUCGAACUUAUCCGCUCAUGGGAGGCUUAUUUGGAGCGAAGUAGACAACAUGCCAUACGUGCAGAUUGGGAACAUGCAUUGCGGGAACUGAAUAGUGCCCUCAUUUUGUGCGAUUCGGAUGAUGACUUUCCAAACAGUUCUCGUUACAAAAGCCUUGUCCUUGGUGAACUCGGCAGUAUCAAUAGGCGUUUCGGGAGAUAUGACCAAGCCAGGGACCUGUUAGAGAAAGCGGUUGAAGAACUAGGACAAUGUAAAGAGCGUGCAGAUUUCAGUGGCGAACUAUGUGUGGUCUAUCGUCAUUUGGGUGAACUUCAGCUGGCAAAGCAGGCGGCGGAGAUCGAGUACAAUACGGCUAAAGAGAUUCAGCUUGAACCUUCCAUAUGUCGCACCAUUGGCAACUUGGGCAUGAUUAACUAUCAGCUUUCACAGCGAGAUGGAGACGGUAGCUUGUUAGACUUGGCGAUCAGACAAUUGACUGAACGUAUUGAUGCUGCUCGACACAUGAGAAAUACAAGUGACACAAAAUCAAAUGACCCAAAGGUAAGGGCGCAGAUACGCAUGACUGCUACAACUUGGGAGGCUAUCGGCUUGGCUCGACUCUCAUUGUGUUACACGGCUAAAGGCAACAAUGAAAUGGCUGUAGACGCUGCGUUUUUAUCAUUGACUGCCACCAAUGCCUCCGAAGAUACGACGGUCAUUGCCAUGAGUCGCUUCUUUUACGGACGCGCUCUAUGGAGGAGUGGAAAGCUCCAAGAGGCACUGAAGCAAUUUAAUCAGUUUUCGACCAAUACCUGCACGCCUGUCAUUGCUAUGUGUAAAGAGCCUUCGAUGGAGAAUCGACAAUACUUGCGAGAACUGAUCGACGCUGGUGCAAAUAUGGAGCUCAUCGACGAGCAAGGCUACAAUGCAUUAGAUUAUGUUGUGUUCAAUCAAGAUAAAGAAACCAAACAAAUUGUUCUCGAAGGGCUUCGCCAACAGUAUCAUAGUGAGGCCGACAAAAAAUUGGCGGACCAACAUCUGGAUGCGAUGCGUCGAAAAGGCUAUCGUGAGCUGUUCCAGGAGAAAAUGCGCCCUGAGUUGCUUGCUCAUGGUGACGGCGACCGUUUGAUGCGUCUACGACGUGUAUAUGCAGAUGAGCUUGAUGCUGAUGAGAAGAAGAAGGAAUUAUUUGAUGGUCUCAAGUUCAUACCUUAUUCUGACUUCUGUCAAUUUGGAAGACUUCCGCGAUCAGACGAUGGUCUGGUGCAAAGCUUUAUGUCAAGCUCGCACGAUGGAUCUCAAAGCCACAAGGCUGAAUUUGUGAUUUUCAUGUCAUACCGAUGGAUCAACAAGCGUCCUGGGUCGACAUCCCCUGAUGAUGAAAAGCAUACACAAUACCGUCGCAUGGUCAAAGCCGCUGAGGAUUUCUUGGAACUUCAUCCUUCCGUGAAAAGAGAGAAGCUGGGUAUAUGGUUGGACCAUGCCUGCGUCGACCAAGACUCCCCACAACCAGGCGUCUCGGCACUACCCAUGAUUGUUGCGCAGUGCAAUGCUCUCAUCAGCCUCAUCGACGAUACAUACUACGAGCGUGCCUGGUGUUCUGUGGAAGUCAUGAUGAUGCAAACGCUGGUAAAAUCUUACAAUAUCCAUCUCUGGUACGAGCAUGUAGCGGAGAAGGAAGGCGUUGAAAAGUCUUAUCUACGAAAGGGACCAAUGGAUAUGGAAAUAACCAUGGCGGCAAAGUAUUUGACGUAUGAAACGGAUCGACCCAAGAUAUUAUUUUUGGAGAGGCAGACGAAAUUGUUGGGAUAA